UCCUAGUUCCCAGAAGCUGUCAUUACCACUCCACAGAUCCAAAUCUCAAUUUUCCGGGAAACCAAUUUCCGUCACUUUCUCGAGAAAAUCCCCCUUCCAUAGCAGAACCUUUGAUCCUUCCCACAGUCCUUUUCCAUGGCGAAUGCCUGGAAAAGAGAUAAACCCACAAGAUUCCUCUCCCCAAAGUUUCUAUUUUUACUCUUGACUUCCACUCUUCUCUUACUCAUCUUCUUCUUCGUCUUCCUCACCCCAACCCCCUCAAACCCUAACCCUAGCUUCCUCACCAUCAACACCCACCUCUUCUCCACCGCAAUUCCCCCUUUCGAUUGCAUGAAAUCCCCUCAAGCCCACCCCGUCGUCGCCAGCGUCGUCGAAGGCGUUCGGUACCCGUUUCUCUUCUCGCUUUCCGAUUUCGGAAACCUACCCGAUAAGCCGCACAAGAACAUCGUGAGGAUUCUCAAGGGGAAGCCAUUUCGGAAGCCUGAUAUCUCGGUCACUGUUCAGGAGGUUCUGGAGAAGGCGAAGAGUGAGGGGAGAGAUGGGUUUGUGGUGGAUGUGGGUGCUAAUGUGGGUAUGGCGAGCUUCGCCGCGGCGGCUAUGGGGUUUCGGGUUGUAGCGUUUGAACCUGUUUUUGAGAAUUUGCAGAAGAUUUGUGAAGGGAUUUACUUUAAUAGAGUUGCGGAUUUGGUUACUCUCUUUGAGGCUGCUGCAUCUGAUCGUCUUGGUAACAUUACUGUUCACAAGUUGGUUGGUAGGCUGGACAACAGCGCGGUUUCUGCCACAGGUGCAAAGCUGGCAUUUAAGUCCAAUGAAGAGAUCGCUUUUCAAGUAAGAACUGUUCCUCUUGACGAAGUGAUUCCUGAAUCAGAGCGUGUGCUACUGCUCAAAAUAGAUGUUCAGGGCUGGGAAUAUCAUGUUCUUAAAGGAGCAUCAAAGUUGCUCUCGAGGAAAGGAAGCCAAGCCCCUUAUCUCAUAUAUGAAGAAGAUGAGCGUUUGUUACAAGCCAGUAAUAGCAGUGCAAAAGAGAUUCGAGACUUCCUCCGGAGUGUGGGUUAUCAUGAUUGCACCCAACAUGGCACGGAUGCACAUUGCACCAAGAAGGAUUGAUCAUAAAUUUGGUUCAGUUUUGCAGCCCCUAGAAGUUAAACUAAGUCAUUGCUAGUUUCUGUCUACACAUUGCAGUUGACAAAAACCACAUCUCACCUAAUUUCAGAGUGGUGAAAAAUUAGAUGAAUUGAUCAUAGAUGCUGAUGGGAACAUAUUAAGACGGGUUGGCAACUGCACACAUGACACAACUAACAGGAAGCUGCUUGAUAAUGAUCAUUCCAAAGUUUCUCUGUAUGGAAGUUGGAAAAGACAUAGGUUCCUCGACAUGCAUUCCACUAUGAUUCUUGUGUAGAUCUUUUUCAGUUUUUUCUAGGAUUUUGUAUACAAGCUUUUAAUUGUAGGCAUUUCUUAAUGCACGCCUUGAGUUUGGAUCACAUUGAAACCUAUUUAUAAGAUAUUUGUAUCAGACUUACAAAGAAAAGAAAGCUCAUGUUUGAUUUGUCAUAGCCA